GGCGUCCCGUCCGGAUCAGCAGCGAGAGGGGAACGCGGGGGCCCCGGGUGCGAGCAGUGACAUGGAGGAGACGUUGCGUUCGGGCAAAGCGCCCAAGAGCCCCGCGGAGCACAAGACGAGCGCCAUGAGCGUCUUCAACGAGCUGCGUCUGGAGGGGAAGCUUUGCGACGCCGUCGUUAAGGCCAGUGGCGUGGAGUUCAGGGUCCACAGGGUCAUCCUUUGUGGCUGCAGCUCCUACUUCCGCGCUCUUUUCACCAGUGACUGGUGUGACACUCAGAUGGCCGUGUACAGCUUCCCCGGCGUGUCCCCCGAGGUGAUGAGGCUCAUCGUGGAGUACGCCUACACGUGCGCGGUGCCCGUGACGCCCGACAACGUCGAGCGUCUGCUGGCGGCCGCCGACCACUUCAACGUCAUGGGCGUCGUGCGCGAGUGCUGCCGCUUCCUGGAGGGCCAGCUGAGCCCCGACAACUGCAUCGGCGUCUACAAGUUCGCCAGCCUCUACUUCUGCCCCGAGCUGCGGCAGCGCGCCUACCUCUUCAUCCUGCACCACUUCGAGGAGGUGGUGCGCUCCUCCGACGAGUUCCUGGAGCUCGAGGCGCUGCAGCUGUGCGACAUCAUCGAAAAGGACCACCUGAACAUCAAGCGGGAGAGCGUGGCGUUCGAGGCCGUCCUUCGCUGGAUCGCUCACGCGCCCUCGGGCCGCAAGCGCCACAUCUCCCUUCUGCUCUCCAAGGUGAGACUGGCGCUGAUGGACACCAACUACUUCAUGAAUAACGUGAAGAACAAUGAGAUGGUGAAGCACAGCGAGGAGUGCAAGCCCAUCAUCAUCAACACCCUCAAGUCCAUUUAUCACCUGACCACGAACGAGACGCGCGGCUCCGACUUCCAGAACCCUCUGACCCGGCCGCGCCUGCCCUACUCCGUCCUGCUCGCCAUCGGCGGCUGGAGCGGCAGCAGCCCCACCAACGGCAUCGAAGCGUACGACGGCCUCACCGACCACUGGCUCAACGUGACGGUGGAGGAGGAGAGCCCCCGAGCGUACCACGGCGCCGCCUACCUCGACGGCUUUGUGUACUGCAUCGGCGGCUUCGAUGGAGAGGAGUACUUCAGCAGCGUGCGCAAGCUGAACCCCGUGACGCGCACCUGGCACCAGGCGGCCCCCAUGCACUCGCGCCGCUGCUACGUCAGCGUGGCUGUGCUCGAAGGCCUCCUCUACGCCAUGGGCGGCUUCGACGGCUACGUGCGUCUCGACUCGGCGGAGCAGUACGACCCCGAAGCCAACCAGUGGACGGUGGUUUCCAGCAUGCACGAGCGCAGGAGCGACGCCAGCGCCACCACCCUUCGCGGCAAGGUGUACAUCUGCGGAGGCUUCAAUGGAAACGAGUGCCUCUCCACCGCCGAGCACUACAAUCCCGAGAGCAACCAGUGGACCCUCAUUGCCCCCAUGAGGAGUCCCCGUAGCGGAGUCGGGGUCAUUGCGUACGGAGAGCAGGUCUAUGCAGUAGGAGGCUUCGACAGGGCCAACCGGCUGCAGAACGCUGAGGCCUACAACCCGUUGACCGACAGCUGGCGCGCCGUGCCCACCAUGUUCAACCCACGCAGCAACUUUGGGAUUGAGGUGAUGGACGACCUUCUCUUCGUAGUGGGAGGCUUCAACGGCUUGUACACCACCUUCAACGCGGAGUACUACGACCAGAAAACGGACAAGUGGUAUAAAGCCCACAACAUGGGCAUCUUUCGCAGCGCGCUCAGCUGCUGCGUGGUGCCCGGCCUUCCCAACGUCCACGAGUACGUCGUCCCCAGGGACACUCUGCAGAGUCCGCGCAAGAAACUCAAGCUCUCUACCUCCCACUGCAUGCUCUCCAUGUGACCGACUCACUUACAGCACAACCCUUUGAGCUCGCAAUGAAAAUAAACCAUCCGCGUCAGUUUGCAUCAUGGGAAAUGAGUGCAGGAUUCUGGAUGCGUGCUUAUUCCUCCAAAUGGCGCAACCGCGUGUCCGGAAUCACUGGGCACGAGGGGGGUGCGUGCACCCUGGAUGGGAUGCCAUUCCGUCACAGGGGAGUCAUACAUUCGCUCACAUUCACACGCUACAGGCCAUCUGGCAUCACCAGUGCAUCUGAACUGCAUGUGUUUGAACGGUGGGAGGAAACCGGAGCACCCGGAGAAAUCCCACGCACACACGGAAAGCGCACAGCUGGUGUCCCGCAGGGCCCAACGGUAGAGUAUAAACGUUUCCAAAACAGUAACAGUACCAAUAAACAAACUAACAGUGACAGCACACGGGAAGCAGUGUACAGAACUGGUAAAAAUGUUUCUAAAACAGUAACAUGAUGAAUUUGUGUUGUUUUUUUUUUUAAUAAUAAACUGGGGAAUAUCCGGACAUCCUUUGUACCCUCUACUUCGGUCCAGGCAGUGCAAGCGUUUCCGACGAUAAUGGUACUUGCUGUCUGCAACGUUUCAGUAGCUUCGGCUUAAUUACUACAGAGGAAAUUACCGUGGCAAUUGGCUCUAUGAAAGGUACAACCUGUCCUUUAGACCCAGUCCCCACUAAAUUACUGAA